GGCCUCUCAUAGUCUGUCCCAGCACGUCGCCUCAGAUCAGUUUCGCUCUUAGACGAUCUCACUCCUCGUCCAAGUUGAACUGUGGGGCUCUGGAUCUGCCUAUCGCGGUCCACCAGUUGCCUCCUCGUCCCCGCUAGCCUUCGGCGUUGAUACUCUUUUUGGAUACUCGCAUCCAGCGAUGGUAGACAAGUGGAUAUACUCCGCGAUGAAGGCCCAGGGCUCAUCGCCGCCGCAUUUAUUGGAGAAACCAUGGUGCGCUUAAUGGAGUCGUCUCGUUGUCCACGGUAAAUUGUCGGCACUGGCCACCGCGAAAUGUGUGAAGCACGAAUCAUCGCCUGUCCCUGGCUGGCUUGAAGUUUAAUCUAUGUCCUACUGUCGCCUUGGCCCCUGGACUCGGCCCGUCUUGGACUGCUUCAUUACUUUUAAGAAUAUAUUCGAUUACUGGGUCGCUUCGCUUGCCACGGUAGUACGGCGCCCAGCUGUCCGCUCCGGUUCGCGUGGACCAUCUUUGCCCCCAGCGCCGCUGGUGCAAUCAGAUUAAAAGAACCCAUUCCCCGGAUUGCUCGUGAAAGCGUGGCUACUUUGUCCGGCUUUUGUUUCCUUUCCCUUUUUCUGUCCUAGAUCCUACUCUUCUUUACAUCUACUUUGACCCUUCUUUCUUGGUGACCAAGAAAAUGAGACUUUGAAAUAAGCUUCUCGAAUCCUACAUUCCUUUUCAAAGACUUAUUUCUCCCUCAACAUCUACAUUCGCCACUUGGCUUGACAAGGACAUGGAGUGUUCCCUUGUCUAAGCUCGAAAUUUAAAACUCUUGCACUAUAUGUAUCAUUGACGAUCCAUGACUCGAUCACUACGAUCUCCAUCACUACUCGGAUAUUUCCAGAUUGUCCAUCAAUAACCAUCACUAUACUUAACUACAUUUGCUAACGACACCUCGCCAUCAUGCAACUUCCAUCGCUCGCCGUGAUGGCGACCUGGCCGACGCCAAACUACGUCGACCCUCCAACUCGCGGCCACGGCGCUCUCAUCGUGAAUGUGGUCUGUAUCUCUUUGGCAUUCUUGGUCGUCAUGCUCCGUCUAUAUACUCGAUUGCGAAUCACAUGCAGUGCCGGUGUCGACGACGUUCUCAUUGUAAUCGGUCUUGCUUUUGCCAUUGCGAUGGUGGUUGUCACGUCGCUGGCCACGGAGAAUUGGGGCUGGAAUCGUCACAUUUGGGACGUCCCAGUAACGUGGCUAUCGACUCUGCAGAAACUCAACAUCGUCUUCCAAAUUAUGUUCUCCUGGUCGUCGAGUCUCACGAAAAUCUCGCUGUUGUGGUUCUGUCGACGGCUUCUGGGUGCUGGAAAGGGAAAUUUCAGGUGGUUUAAUUGGUCAUUUAUUGGUUCGAUAAUCGUUGUCGGAUUUUCUUGCAUCAUGUUCACAUUUAUCAGUGUCUUCCAGUGCUCCCCCAUCAAGGCGUACUGGGAUGUCAGCCCUACGUAUCCAUACAAAUGCCUGGACGGAGGAAGCAUCGUCUUCUCCGCCAGUGUCAUCAACAUCUUCACCGAUUUCCUGGUCACGGCCCUGCCAAUGCCUCUGAUCUGGAGGCUCAAGCUGCCCGCCCGCCAGCGUCUUGCCGUCAUCUCUAUCUUCGGUCUGGGAAUUAUCGUCAACGUCGCCGGCUCCGUUCGCACUGUUUACGUCUGGAAGAGCAUGGUCGUCGCCUACGAUACAACCUGGCUCGGCUGGCCGGUUCUCAUUGCCGCCUCGGUGGAAAUCAACCUCGGUCUGAUCUGCUCCUCCGCUCCAGCCCUCCGCCCGCUAAUCGCAACAUUCCUCCCCCGUCUCCUCAACUCCACCCGUAACAAAGCCUCCUCCUACAACCAACGCAGUCGAUCCCAAAAACUAUUCUCCUCAACCGGCCGCUCGCGACACACCCACAUGCCCGGAACACAAAACUCUCGAAAGGGUGACUUCGAAAGCGACCGCUUCGAAAUCAUGCGCACCGUCGAAAUGGAGACGUGGACCGAGUCCCGGCUCGCACACCAUGAUGCAAUCGGUCAUACGUUCGACAUUGGUACUCAUAAUCGAGCUUCCACGCCUGAAAGCAUUGAGAUGAAGCACGGUGGUGCGGUUUUCUCAUCUGCAGCUAGUGAGAAGUCGUCUAGCUCGUUGACGAGGGAUGAAGCUUUCUAUGGACGGCGAUGAUUGAAGACGUCCACUUAUAAUAAUUUCCUUUAUGUCUGUCUACAUAUGAAUCAUACAUUGGCUGUAUAGUUAUCCGAAUGUGUAUAUAUGUUUUGCGCUAUAUUUUCCCGCUUUUCCGGCUUGGUGGUUUGGUCUGGCUGGAGUCGGAUUGUCUCAUGGCGAAAAGCGCCUUGUAUACCAAAUGUUCUCGAUAACCUGCUCUACGGCUUUGACACGCAUGAAACCUUAUGCUAGUCCUUCUUCCUUUUCCA